GCUCGCUGUAGCUGACGCUACGUGCGACAUCGGAGUGCUUCGAAAAUUUUCCCAGCCCGAAAUAUACCGCCUUCUCGUCUCUCGGGUUUGUUCGCGGUCCCGCUCCACGCAUUCGAUCGCUAUGGGACGUAAAGUGACCCUCGCUGUGUGUACCCUUAACCAGUGGGCACUGGACUUCGACGGCAACUACAAGCGAAUUCUGAAAAGUAUCAAGGAGGCAAAGGCAAAGGGCGCUUCAUUCAGAUCAGGCCCUGAACUGGAAGUAACAGGUUAUGGAUGCGCCGACCACUUCUAUGAAAGCGACACACUUCUUCACUCUUGGGAAGUCCUUGCCUCGUUGCUGCGGGAUCCAACAUGCGAGGGUAUUAUGGUCGACAUUGGCAUGCCUGUCAUGCACAGAAACGUCACUUACAACUGCAGAGUCAUCUUCCUGAACAAGAAAAUUUUGCUGAUUCGUCCCAAGCUCAUGAUGUGCGAUGAUGGCUGCUACCGCGAGUCGCGCUGGUUCACACCGUGGCAGAAGCCUCGUCGCGUUGAGGAGUUCUUUCUGCCUCGCAUGAUCUCCGAAAUAACUGACCAGAAAGUGGUGCCCAUCGGAGAUGCCCUUAUAUCUACAAAGGACACCUGUAUUGGAUUUGAAAUUUGUGAAGAGCUCUGGAAUCCUCUGAGCUCUCACAUAAUGGCAUCGCUGGAUGGUGCCGAGAUCAUCGUCAACGGAAGUGGAUCGUAUCAUGAGCUGCGAAAGAACUACGUCAUCUGUGACAGAAUCAAGUCAGCUACGGCGAAGUGUGGUGGCAUCUACCUGUUUUCAAACCUGAGAGGCUGUGACGGUGAACGAGUUUACUACCAGGGUUGCUCGAGCAUCGCCAUCAAUGGCGAUUUUGUUGCCAUAGCCAAGCAGUUUGCCUUGGAAGAAGUUGAAGUCACAACGGCCACAUUAGACCUGGAGGAUGUCAGAGCAUACAAAGUGAAUAACAGGAGUCGAACCUUGAAAGGAGCAGAAUCGGAAGGCUAUCCACGCGUCGUAGUCGACUAUGCCCUCUCCAGCACAGCCGACAUGGCCGUCUCGCCGAGUCCAGUAAUCAACUGGGCCUUCCCUACGCCUGAGGAAGAAAUUGCCUUGGGACCUGCCUGCUGGCUUUGGGACUACCUGCGGAGAAGUGGACAGGGCGGCUUCUUUGUCCCGCUGAGUGGUGGAAUCGACAGUGCCAGCGUCGCGGCGAUCGUUUUUUCCAUGUGUCGCAUGGUCUGCGCAGCCGUGAAGAAUGGUGAUCCGGAUGUGUUGAGAGACGCCAGGCGCAUAGUGGGCGACCCCGAGUACGUGCCGAAGGAGCCACGAGAGCUGUGCAACCGGGUCCUCGUCACAUGCUACAUGGGUACGGAGAACUCGUCACGCGAGACUCGAGCCCUGUCCAAGGAUAUGGCCAACCAGAUUGGAAGCUAUCACAUGACAGUAGCCAUUGACGCAGCUGUGACGGCCAUUGUCGCAAUCUUUUCCACACUUACGGGCCGCAUUCCCAAGUUUCGAGUCCUGGGUGGGGGCUCACGAGAGGACCUGGCCUUGCAGAACGUUCAGGCCAGGCUAAGGAUGGUUCUUGCCUACUUGUUUGCGCAGCUCAUCCUCUGGGCUCGAGACCGACCGGGCGGUCUGUUGGUCCUAGCCACUGGCAACGUAGACGAAGGGCUUCGUGGGUACCUGACCAAGUAUGACUGUUCGAGUGGGGACAUCAACCCAAUUGGAGGCAUCAGCAAAGUUGAUCUGAAGCGUUUCUUGAAGUAUGCCUGUGAAACAUUCAAGCUGUCGGCGCUCAACGAAAUACUCAAGGCCACCCCAACCGCAGAGCUGACCCCACUGAAAGACGGACACACCGUACAGAGUGACGAGGCUGACAUGGGGAUGACAUAUGAGGAGCUCAGCACGUAUGGACGACUGAGAAAGCAGCUUGCGUGCGGUCCGUAUUCCAUGUUCAGCAAGCUUGUUCACCAGUGGCAGAACAAGUGGACACCAUUUCAGGUGGCCGAAAAGGUGAAGCACUUCUUCAGGACGUACUCCAUCAACCGUCACAAGAUGACCGUCAUCACCCCGUCCUACCACGCCGAGUCGUACAGCCCGGACGACAACCGCUUUGAUCUCCGACCGUUCCUCUACAACCCGCUGUGGUUGUGGCAGUUCACCCAGAUCGAUGCGCAGGUCAAACACCUGGACCUGCUCCAGGACAGCCUUUCGAUGAGCACGAAGGGCACCAACAUCAUUUGGAAGAGCAGCGGCAGCGUCCACGAAAGCUUCAGCGAGAAACCCACUGACUCAAGGAGCGGCCAACAGAGGGCACCUGAAAACAAGAUGGCCGACACGCCGUCGGGAGACCUAGGCAUAUUCGUGUCUGGUGGCGGCUACCGGCAACCGGCCCUCGAAGUCUGCAGCGCAUCGACGAGUCUGCCAAAGUGCUUUGCAGAGCCGUUGGACUGUGGGGAGGUCAAGUCCAGGAUAUGGCUACUGUGAUCUUUGUCAGACUCCGGUUCAAAGUGUUCAGCACCACUUAUUUCUUUGUUGCACAUGACUUCGUUUAGUCUGUGAGUUUUAUGUGACUGGCAGAGAGCAGUGUCUCGAAAGAAAAGGGACCUAAAGUAAUGUUCCAUAAGCCUGAAACCUUCACCUCAUUUGUCAUGUUCUUCCAAGUGUGGGUGUUUUGUUACAUACAGUGCUCCAUAGAAGUUCAUAUAGUUCAUAUAUGUGAAUUGAUGUAGGUGAAUAUUCUAUUGUUUAGUUAUCUGCAGCAAGACAGAUGAAGAAAUAAGACACAUAAGUGUUCUAUAUAUGUGCCUCCUGCUUCUCAGUAUGCCUGCUGUCUUUGUAUCAGUCACCCUGCACAAAACUAAAAGCAUGGCCGGAGCAACUCGCUCAAUUCGAAGUGAGGCUGCAAGAUUUCUUUUGGUCUCUGCACUGUUGCAUUAGAGCUAACCCUAAGCAUUGAAUGAGGGCUGACGUCUGCUCUGGUGUUUUGGGAAUCCAAAUUUUGGGCAUCUACGUUUCCCUUUUGCUGUGCCAGCAAAGUGUACGGCGUGGCUCGAGUUCUGUGCAUGGACCAUGCUACAGGAGAUUGUGAUUUUCUUCAGAACUUGCUAAUCUGGACAUAGUCACAAGAAAAAUGUGAACCCACCUUGAAUAGACUGGGUCAAAGCAAAUUGUCUAGUUGUCAGCGAAGAACAAAACAAAAACCAUAAAAAGAAGCCUGCUGUGGGAUUCACAGCAAGAAGACAUCACCACGGGCGUCUGAAGAUAGCCGUCGAUUGGGUUUCACGAAGAAGAUAAACGAAGUGCGCCAGAGUAGGGUUAUUACUACACUGUUCACCAGAAGCAGUGAGUACGUGGCUGAUGCAUGUGUUCCUGUAGCCAUAAAACAUGCGUGCCUGGUAACUUAAGUGUGUCAUUAAGAUUCGCUCCUGUGGCAAGUUGUUGCCUUGCAUAUGUUUUUUUUUUUGCUCCUGCACAUUGAAUCAUCUUAGUCAUGAUUUAGUAUUGCCAGCACCCUCAUAUUGCCAUCAAUGUAAGUUUUUAUUUGAAAAACUGCAAUCUUGAAUUGUGUCCUAUGACCUCAUCUUUUUUUUCUUUAUUUCUGAGCAUGCUGAUGGCCUUGCAUUGCACAAAGCUUUUUUUGUUGUUGUUCUUUCGGUUGUGCGAGAACUCGCACUGUGAUGGGAAGCAGAUGUGGGAUUGAUACGGCAAUCAGGGCAUAGUGGCCAGACGGUUUGGGCCUCUAUCUAAGGGGUGAUAUAACGUGUAGAGAAAAUGCGAGUUCUAAAUAUAAAUGCAACAAUUGGCAUCAGUCGCACUGUAUCAUCCAUCCUGUGCUACCGCCUUCAUGUUUAACAGCCUGUUUGCAUCAUUUCACAUCCUUUCGAAUGUUUUUGAGAAGUGAUAGCUUUAUUUGUAAUUAUGUAAAGUCCAAGGCACUUCAGUAUUACCUCGCAUAUAAGCCACACUCCGAAUAACAAACCACCGAAAAAAGUGAAGAAAAUCUCCGCAUGUUGCCAUAAAGCCACGUUCUUUGCCAUAACGAUGAGUAGUGCUGUGAAGCCGCAUCGCACAUUGACAUUGAUGCGCCCCAACAUUAUCUCUGAAUUUUCUGUAUAUCUCGUACAUGUUUUACCCGAGAAAAUGUGGUAUGACAUGCAGUGUUUCGAGCUAUUUCGAUUUGACAGCCAGCAGAAUGAAAUUACUGCUGUUUGUCUUUUCCCAAAGACAAAACCAAGUAGUGGGUUUCAGUUGCAAGAAAUCACUCAAGAAAAAGGGAACGAAAGCAGGCAAGGCCAUAUGUGCAUUAUAUCGUGAUCUGGCAUCCCAGGAAUAAUUUCAUUGUAAGAGCAUUUUUUUUUUCUCUAGCAAAUCCUGUCUCUUCUACUUGUAGUGGUUGUAUUGAAGAGCAGUGCCUAUCAGUUCUCAUUUUUAGACAUUCAUUUAUUAAUUAGCGGUGCCUUCUGUAUCAUCUCAUUUAUUUGUGCCGGCUGUAGCACUGAUUUUGUUCACAUGAGCUUACGAUCUGAUCUGUGCUUUUUCUGAAUGGACGGCCAUAUCACUUAUUUUUGAGCUGUGGCAUAAAGAAUCCGCAAGACGAGAGGCGAUGCUUUUAGGAUAGUCAUCAUUUAUUGGUGCAGUUUAUUUUCACUGCAACCUUAGUAAAACUCUGGUGAUAAGUUUCUCAUAAUUCACAACGAAGGAUGCAAAAGGGGUCAUCUUGCUCCACUAGAGUGAAGCUGAGAAAUGAUAACGAAAUUAGUCAUCAUUUAUUGGUGCAGUUUAUUUUCACUGCAAUCUUGGUAAAACUCAGGUGAUAAGUUUCUCAGAAUUCACAACGAAGGAUGCAAAAAGGGUCAUCUUGCUCCACUAGAGUGAAGCUGAGAAAUGACAAUGAAUUAAGGCAGAACAAACAUUGCACUAGUUGCAAGCAACAAAAAAAGUGGUUUGUCGUGUUGAACUACUAGCAUCCUCACAUUGGGACUUGGUCUAGUACUGGGCAGGGGUUCCUCACUACAUGCACGCAUGAGAGCCGAAAUUACCUGCUUCACAUGGGCACCGUACUCGGGGAUUGAAAUGGGACAAUUUAGGGCUAAGUAAUGCGCACUCGUUUUUUUCCACCAUUUUCAGUUCGUGUCUUAUCGGCGUAACUUCGAUCCCAACGCAUAGACCAGAGGGAGUAUUAUCUCUGGAAACCAGAUUCGUUCCGAUGUGACGUGGUUAUCUGAGCAAUUGCAUGCGCAUGCUAGUUGUUCUCAAACCUCGAUAUAAUGAACCCAGAUAUAAUGAAAUACUGGUUAUAACGAAGUAAAUGAAGGAUGGCCUUGCAAUAGAUGCAGUGUUAGAAAUAUACCCUUAUAACAAAUGUUUGGAUAUAACGAACUUAUCUUUGUGUAAGAUGAAAUUUUGCUAUAAUGAAGUUUGAGUGUGCUAAAAAAAAAUUAUGUAGCGUUUGAAUCCAUGAGUACUGUGCAUUCCUGUUUGUUGUCCCCUCGGUCUGUUUCAUGCAUGCUCGUACAGUUCUUAAGGAAGCAAGCUUUUUCGCACCAUUGGUCUGCUUCACCAUGUGGUACCGGCGUUGGAGCCGUUGCACCGUCUUUCAUUAUAGCUGUGUAUUAUUCCUCGUAUUUGUGUAGACAGGGGAAAUACUGCACCCAGGCCUUUCACUAAGUGAAGAACUUUAUCUGUGGAUAAUGUUGGUAGCACCAGUAAAUCGGCUAUUAUUAGAGAGGGUCAUGUGUAUUUUUACCCUUCAGUGACUCGGGUAACAGCUGUAGUUUUAGGUGUCCUUUUAAAACUUCUCCCUACGGGGUGCAUUUAGGUUGUUGCAACAAAACAGUAAGACUCUUGGCACUAACUUAUUUCGUUGUCAGGUUUAUGCUUCCUGCCUCCUUUGGCCUUACAGGUGCGAGUGUAUACUGAUAGACAACUGACGUAAACUGCCUAUCGACUGGGUUCGUUUUCAUGAGAAAGUCUGUUUUUUUCAAAGUGGUGAAAUGACUGAGCGACCACAGUGCUUCAGUGCAAGUGUUGUGCCAGUGAAAGCAAGGUAGCCGCACGCAUUUGCAAUGUUUUCAGUUGGCCAAACACAAUGAGGCAUUAGUUUUAAGAAGAUGGAUGACAGUGUGUAAACAGGCCAGGUUUUAACUCAUCAUGUCUGGCUCCUUCAAGUUUAGGUUAUAGAAGUGUUCUCUCUAUCUAGCAUCACCACCAACUUGCUUGCUUCAUUUCUAUUGAGUUGAAAGUAAGAAGGGCAAAGUUACUUCCUUGGCGAUGGCGGAGUAUGAGGAACGCCGAAAGUAAUGUGUCCCAACAUUCUAAACUCUGAAGCUGCAAUAUUUCUUCUACAGUCUUGGCUCACGGCCUAACUGUAGGUUCAGUUACUUCUUAAGUUUGAAUACAACUGCUUCUCGUGACAGUUCGCGCAUACUACUAUAAUUUAUUUUAGAAUCACCUUCGCAGUAAAUCCUGAUGUGAUUUUACUAGGGGUCAGGGUUUGCCUUAGUUGUACUCAGGCCACCAAACCAUUACAAGCUUUUUUUUUUUUUUUUUUUUUUUCAGGCAAUGAAAGUCAUUCAACAGUACCUGGUAUAGAAAGUUAUUCUGAAGCAGAGGCAUCACGUGACUCGAUAUGACUCAGAGAUGCGUUAUUUUUUACAUUUUAUACAUUUUACAACACUUUGUGCUACUUUUGCCCUCCGGUAUUUCUAUCUUGACAAGUUGCAAGUUGCAUUAUGUUGCACGUUGCAUUAAUGUUACACCAUCACACCAUAGUUCUGAAUAUUUCCUGUGUUAUGAGCCAGUUUGCACAUAGCUACUACUUGUGUCAUGAUAUUUGAAAGUUUCUGGGGCUAUAUUACAAUAUACUUGACUGGGACUUGUCGAUGCUCUUUCAUUAACAAUGUGGACUGGCCCUAUGCACACACCACAUUAGAUUGCACAUUUAUCGUCCAUGUUUCCUUGUCUGGUUUUCACUUACUAUAUGAACAAAGCACACUUUAACAGUAUACAGUAUCUUGAACACAUCAUAGUUUGCAACUUAAGGCAUGAGAACUUAUUUUACACUGAACUGCAUAGCGUAGUGUGUGUCCUUUUCGAUCGAAGACAUCCACGAAAAAUUUUCAGUAUGUGUUUGUCAUUUUCAGCACGUUUCCAUCACUGAAUUUCUUUUGAGAACUGCUUACCGAUUUCGUCAACUUUCAGGUGGGCCACGAGAGUGGCCCACAGGCACGCAACUUUGUGAGGUUAGGUGUAGAUGUAAUGUGCUAUUUGUCAUUUGUGCUAAACUGGAUCAUUGGCAGCAAAGCCAAUGUUGCAGCCAAUGUUGCAGCACCAGUGUUGCAUACAUCAGGCCUUUUCAAACAGCAGCUUAGGAAGUUGCGAAAAAUUGACCUAUGCCACCAGACUACAUUUUCAAACAGCAGCUUAGGAAGUUGCGAAAAAUUGACCUAUGCCACCAGACUACAUUGUGUUGUCGUCUACCCCUGUACUUUGUUUUGCUUACAGAGAAUUUAGGCAUUCAUGGUCACACUUUAAUUGAAAAUUAAUUUUAUACAAUUCGACAUGACGAACAGAGACCAGUGACCAUGGCAUGAUCAGUGACAUGUACUUAAAUUCGGAAUGCUGACGAUAAUUUAUAAAGAAAGUUGAUAAAGCCUCGUGGAUGUGGUCCUUUUAUAUUGUCACGUGGUGAGAGUAUCACUCUCACUUGUAUCAAUAUGGCAACAUCGACAUGUGUCCCGCUGCUUUUUACGAGAACGAAACAUUCACACAGCACAGAGUAUUCUGGGAUCGAUCUUCAUUAGGUCUUGAAGCUUCUGGAAAAGUAAAUAAAAUGAAUUUUAAACAGUUCUGAGGAAACUAGUUUUUGUAAAAAUUUUAUUUGUUUACUGAUAGAACGAGCUGCUGCGAGUGAGUUAUUUAACGAAAGUGAAGAGUAAAAAAAAAACAUAAUGCCCUUUCUAUUUUUGCACCAACCUUGCACGUCACUACUCUGUGAAGCGACUGCGACACUAAGGGUCUUUUUUUAUUCUUGUUUAUUGUGGCUGAAGCUGAAUAAAGCCAUUUUCUUGUUGAAA